AUGUCGAAGGUGAUUCCUGCCGGCUACACGCCGGCGUGGGCGGAGCGCACAUGGCUCUCGCUCUUCGAGGGCCGCAACGAGGCACUGGUAUUCGGCAUUAUCGCAUUCACGAUUCACCAGACAUUCUACUACGGCCGGUAUGCGCUGCAAAAGUACAAGCUGCAGCCGGACCGCGAGAUCUCAAACGAGCAGUGGUGGAAGUGCCUAAAGUCGCUGAUCUUCAGCCAGCUCUUCGUGCAGCUGCCCAUGAUGAUGUUCUUCAAGCCGGCAGCCGACCUGUGGACCAAGGUGGUGUUCCAGGUGUGCGUGUUUUUCGUGAUUGAGGACUUUUACCACUACUGGGCACACCGCUCGUUCCACUACGGCAUUCUGUACAAGAAGAUCCACAAGUACGCGCAUCCGCUUGAGACCGCAAUCCUCGGCCAGGGCACGAUCGCAGGCCCGCUGCUGUUCAACUACUUUGUCGAGCAGGUGCAUAUCACGACUAUGCUGAUUUGGAUCGCUGCCAGGCUGUGGCAGACCGUCGAGGCUCAUUGCGGAUACGAUUUCCCGUGGGCCAUGAACCACUGGCUGCCGUUCUGGGCUGGUGCCGCCCACCAUGACUACCACCAUAUGGCGUUUGUCGAUAACUUUGCAUCGACGUUCAGGUGGUGGGACCGGGUGUUUGGCACCGACCGGCGGUUCCAGGCCUACGACGCCAAGCGUACGAACAAGGUCAAGCAAAACUAG